AUGGCCAAUGUACAUACAUUACAGGAUAUCAACUCAAAAGGGUAUCGGCUUGGGAGCAUGCGCGAAAAAGAGCUUGAAGAAAAAUUAAAUUUUGCAAUCAAUUCUAUAGAUGAAACAAAUGAUCUUAGCAAAAAAUUGCUAGAUAAAUAUUCCGAUCAAGAGAAAAGCUUCAACCGGGAAAGAAAGGCUUGGUCUCUAGAAAGAAAAGAUUUAAAUCGUGAAUUAAUACAAAAUAAUAAUGAACUCCAGAACUUACGUACCCAGGCUUUGGAAUUCGCCAAUAUCGAUAAGAAUACUCAGAAGGAUAGUUAUCUUGCGGAUUCUAAAGCCGAAAUUAUUGCAAAGACGAAUGAAAUAAUAUUGCUUCAGGGGGGAAUAAAGUCAUUGAACG